AUGGAAGCUCUCACAUUUUCCGCGCGCGAGCCUGUUUCGGCACGGGCCCUUGUGCCCCUCGAUAGCACUCACUGUCCCCCUCCUUUCGCGCUCCCUUUCCCCCUCGAUAGCACUCCUCUUCCCCCUCGUUUCGCCCUCCCUUUCCCCCUCUAUAUCUCUCCCUUUCCCCCCCGUUUUGCACUCCCUUUUCCCCACGUUUCCCACUCAAUUUCCCCCUCGGAAUGGCAUGACUUUUCCCCCGCGGUUCGCACUCCCUUUUCCCCUCGACAGUCCGCCCUUUCCCCCUCGCGCUCGCACUCCUUUUCCCCCUCGAUAGCACUCCCUUUCCCCCUCGUUUUGGAAGCCCCUUUCCCCCUCGAUAGCACUCCUUUUCCCACCGAACAUGGCACUCACUUUCCCCCUCGUUUCGCCCUCCCUUUCCCCCUCUAUAUCUCUCCCUUUCCCCCUCGUCCGCCCUUUCCCCCUCUUCUCGCACUCGCUCUCCCCCUCGAUAGCACUCCCUAUCCCCCUCGUUUCGCACACCCAUCCCCCCUCAAGUGGUCUCCCUUUCCCCCUCGUUUCGAACUACCUUUCCCACACGUUUCGCACUCCCUUUCCCUUUCCCCCUCGAUAGCACUCCCUUUCCCCCUCGUAUUUCACGCCCUUUCCCCCUCGUUCCGCACUCCCUUUCCCGCGCAUUUCGCACUCCCUUUCCCCCUCGAUUCGCACACCCUUUCCCCCACGGUGACACUCCUUUUCCCCCCUCCUUCUGCAUUGAUUCCCCCACGGCAUCACCCCCCCCCCCCCUCUCCCCCAUGGUAUUACUACCCUGCCCCCAUGUUAUCACUCCCCUUUCCCCCCUGGCUCCUCGGUAUCUCUCCCUUUCCCCACGAUAUCUCUCCCCUUCCCCCACGUUAUCUCUCCCUUUCCCCCACGAUAUCUCUCCCCUUCCCCCACGUUAUCUCUCCCUUUCCCUCACGUUAUCUCUCCCCUUCUCCCACGUUAUCUCUCCCCUUCCCCCACGUUAUCUCUCCCCUUCCCCCACGUUAUCUUUCCCUUUCCCCCACGUUAUCUCUCCCCUUCCCCCACGUUAUCUCUCCCCUUCCCCCACGUUAUCUCUCUCUUUCCCCGUUGGUUUCUCUCCCCUUCCCCCUCGGUAUCUCUCUCCUACCCCCACGGCAGCACUCCCCUUCCCCCACAGUAGCACUCUCAUUCCCCCACGUUAGCACUCCCCCUCUCUCACGAUAUCACACCCCUUUCCCCUGUGUAUCACCCCCCUGGCUCCACGGUAUCACUCCCCUUCCCUCACGGUAUCACUCCCCUUCCCCCACGAUAUCACUCCCUUUCCCCCACGGGAAUGUGGGCGCGCUGACAACAGGGAAUGUGCGCGCGCUGGGAAAGGGAAUGUUUGCGCGUGGGCGGAGGGCAGGUGCGCACGCUGGUGAAGGGAAUGUGCUCCCGCUGGGGAAGGGAGUGUGCGCGCGCGGGGGGAGGGCAUGUGCGGGCGCUUGGGAAGAGAGUGUUUGGGCGGUUGGGAUGGGAAUGUGCGCGUGUCCCGGUAGGGAAUAUCAUCGCCCUGCGGAAAGGAAUGUCUGGGCGCUGCGGAAAGGAAUGUCUGGGCGCUGCGGAAAGGAAUGUCUGGGCGCUGCGGAAAGGAAUAUCUGGGCGCACCGUCAGGGAAUGUCUGGGCGCUGGGGAAGGAAUUAUGAUGGUGACGCAGACCUGAAACGGCAUGGCGACGCGGAGUCAGCGGCGCAAAGGGACUACUUCUGCCUGGCUUUUCCCCCCAUUCUCCGCUCCCCACCCUCCCCUGUCGCGGCUCCUCCCCCGUUUUCUUCCCCUCCUGUGUGCCUUAGGAUCCACCAGAUGGUGGGGUGGGAGUAUUCGCUGCACAUGGCGCAGGAGCCUCAUCUGUUUGUGCUGCGGAAGCAGAAAAGGGACGGUCCAGAUCGCACCACGCCCGUGGCCGCAUACUACAUCCUGGAUGGGUCCAUCUACCAGGCCCCUUCUCUGCAUGCCGUCAUCGGUUCUCGGAUCUGCCGUGCCCUGCAUCAUCUCCGGGCAGCCUUUUCCAUGACCCGGGUGGCUCUUGACAAUCCCGAAGCUGCCCGGCCAAAGGAAGAGCGGUCAGAUUCAGAAGGGGCGUCAGUUGAUGCCCCCGACACGCCAGCAGCAUCAGAAGCAAAACCAACCGCAGCAGACAUAUCGCCUUGCCGGCGCUGCCACAGCCAGUAG